AACCAAAAACCUUCUGCCCCAAAUAAUUAAAAAUUCUCACCUCGAUUCGACCUUCUCUCCUAAUUCUCUCUCCUUCAAUGGAGGCCCCACCACCACCCCUCUCCGCCGCUCCUCCCGCGGCCGCCGUCCCGGCGGCCUCCGCCGCCUACGCCGAUUCCGUCGACUCCUCUCCCCGCUCCCGCCACACCGACUUCUGGGACACCGAGGCGCCGCCGACGCAGCUACCGCCGCCGCCGCAGAAGCUCCGCCUCAUGUGCAGCUACGGCGGCCACAUAGUCCCCCGCCCCCACGACAAAUCACUCUGCUACAUCGGCGGAGACACUCGCAUCAUCGUAAUCGACCGCCACACCACCCUCUCUGGCCUCCGCCACCGCCUCUCCAAAACCCUCCUCAACAACCAAUUGUUCUCGCUGAAAUACCAGCUGCCUAGCGAGGAUUUGGAUUCGCUGAUUUCGGUCACUACCGAUGAGGAUCUCGAGAACAUGGUGGAGGAGUACGACCGUCUGAAUAGCCCCGCCGCCGUCGGCGUCGGGGCUAAGCCUGGACGCCUCCGCCUCUUUCUGUUUCCACAAUCGUCGGAGAAUAUUGAACAGCUUCUGGUUGAGACGGCAUCGACUAAAUCGGACGAUUGGUUCUUCAACGCUCUCAACGGCAAGGGCAGCACGCUGUCGGUGGGGGCGAGUGAUCGCGGUUUUUCCGAGUCUUCUUCGGCUAAUUGCCUCCUCGAAUUGGACGAUGAAUCGGUGGGGAAGGCAGCUGCGGUUGGGAAAGAGGCGGAGGGUCAAAUUGAGGGGGCGAAAGUUGGGGGAAAUUCUAACAGUGGGAUGAAUCACGAUGUGCACUCUGUUCCUGAUUCACCAAUGCGGGAUACGACGUCGUCGUUUGGGUCGACUUCUAGCUCGCCGUCUCUGGCGAAUUUGCCGCCGAUUAGGGUUCAUGUCGAUGAGAAUCAGAAGAUUGGGGCGAUUGGAAUUGAGGAUCAGUUUCAGCUGAUGGCUGUGGGGGUUGCGGCGAAUGUCAAUUUGUCGACGACUCCUCCAAAGAUCGAGGAGGCAGGGGGUUUCAUGGCGGCCGGAAUUGCUGCUGGUGGAGUGGCUGCUGGGGUGCCGGUGGUGGUUGGCGGUGAUCCCCCAAAUCGGGUUGUUUCAGACGAUGAGAGAUCAGAUCCUGGUGGAUACAGGAGGGUACAACAAUUCCAGCCGCAGGUACAAUCACAAAUCCAGCAACAUCAACAGCAGCAGCAGAUAUCUCAGGCUCAAUUUCAGCAGAAACAGAGUGGUGGCUUUGAAUUGGUUUCUCCAGAUUCCGUUUCGAGUGAAGGAAGUAUACAAAACCCCUUAUCUAGGCAGAGACAACCUAUGUAUCAAGAGCAAAUCACACAAAUUCAAUCUGGAAACACAAUGGUUGCUGCUAAUCCGGCUGAUCUGAAAUCCGGUGAUCAAAAUGCUAAUAAGAUUCCGAUGCAGCAACAAGUUCAAGAACCAGGUUAUGUCAUAUCGAACCAAUAUGAUCCGAAUCACCCCCAAAUGCAUCACCCCCAACCAUUUGUUCAUUCCGGGAACCAGUAUAUACCUGCUGGAGCAAUGCCGUAUGCACCAUACUACUCCGUUUAUCCCCAGCAGCAGCCACACCAUCCACACCAGCAGCCGGUGCUCGACCAGCAGCAGUUCUACUUCGUCCCUGCUAGACAGCCCCAAGCUUAUAACAUACCUGUACCGCAACAAGGCUAUAGCGAAAUAGCCCCAAAUCCCCCUUCCAUUCGCCCUCAGGUGCCUCCUGCUGCAGCUGCCGCUGCCGCUGCCACUCACGUGGCUUACAGCCAGCAAGUAAACACACCUUCAUCCAAACCCGAGAUGGCUGCAGGAGUGUACAGAACAGCAACUGGAGCACCACCCCAGCAUAUGGUGCAAGUCCCGUCUAGCCAGCAACAUCAACCUCAAUAUGUUGGGUUCACUCAGAUUCAUCAUCCCUCCCAAAUGAUGGCUCCUUCCUCAGCAUCCAAUCCUGCUUACGCGUAUGAAUUUACUGAUCCGACACAGGCUCAAAUAUAUUACACUCAGGCUAUGCCGCAUCAGUUAUCUGCUCAGUACCAGACCAUUACGUCAGCCCCUCAAGGGAUUUCGCUUGAUGCUUCGUCUCAGGCUUCCUCAGACAGCAUUAAGCAGCAGCAGCAGCAAGUUAGGACUAUGCAGCAAUAAUGACAGGUAAAAGUUUGGGGUAUUGAUGGAAAAUUUUGCAGCAGUGGAUUUGAUUUUAUAUUCGGAGUUUAUAUUACAGUGUCAAAAGUCUUACUAUUCUUAUUAUUGGUUUGUGGUAUGUAAGUUCAUUAGGUAAUAAGGAACUCGUGUUUUUUGCUUCUUCUAUAUAAAUUGUGUUUCUGUCAUUGCUGUUACUGGUGGUGUCUGAUAUCAUACUGUAAAAGUCGAACCUCAGUAUUACGCCAUCAUCCUAUAUAGAAUUUGUUGAACAAUUUCCAGAAAAUGCAGAUGAAACUUUGGACA